AUGGCAGCCUCCAGCCGCGCACGAGUGUUAGAUCUGUACCGGGCGAUGCUGAGAGAGAGCGAGCAUUUCGGCGCCCACAACUACAGAACUUACGCCGUCAGGAGAAUAAGAGAUGCCUUCAGAGAAAAUAAGAAUGUAAAGGAUCCUGCAGAAAUUCAGGCCCUAGUGAAUAAAGCCAAAAGAGACCUCGGAAUAAUUCGUCGACAGGUCCACAUCGGCCAGGUGUAGUCGGCUGACAAGCUGAUCAUUGAGAAUCAAGAGAAGCCUAGGACCCAGGGAGCCGGGGCCAGCCGCCACGGGCAGCGGAGGGCUGCCUUCAGCGUCCGUCCUGC